AUGGUAGAUUUAACGAAACCACCGGAAGCUGAAACGAUAAAUCCAGUAUUAGCCUCGGAAGGAAGGAAAAUACAUACGGGUUCAGAAUCAACAUUUUUCAACCACUCAGAAUCAGAGCUGGAGCCUAUAUCCUCUGAUGAAAUGGAGCAGUUUUCUGGAUCCGAAACAGUAGAUUCAUCAAAAUCGCUGAAAAUUGAACGUAUGGAUGCUGAAUCAGCAUUUUCCAAC